AUGGCGGGGAACACUAUUCUCAAAGCAGACUCAUGCCAUCCCCACCAUGUGGUCAACAACAUUCCGUAUGGAGAAUGGGUACGUUUAAAACGGAAUUGUUCAGAAGAGUCCACAUUUGAGCAGGAGUCCCAGCUUUUGUAUGGAAGGUUAAAACAGAGGGGCUAUAGAGAUGGUGUACUAGAAAACGCUUAUGAUAAAAGUAAAAAAUUAGAAGGUGAUAGUCAAAAAGCAAAAAAACAAAGGGACAGAGACAAUAAAAAGGUCCCAGGUAAUAUUUUCCAGGAUUUAAUUAUUGUUCUCACAGUUUGGGGCGCCGGUGUGGCCAUGGAAUGCCCUGGUCCCAUGCAGCUCCCGUAUGCCUCUGGCAGGUCACCCGAUUUUAUCUCUUCUGCUUUCAAGAUAAGUGCAGGACCUGCUGGCCCAUCCAAUCACCGUCUGCCGAAGUGUCCUGUCUGGCCAGUGUUUGGCAAAGCUGUCAGGUCCUGCACCAAGUGCUCAUCUUGUGAGCAGGAAGAAGACAAAAUAUCAGGGGACUGGACAGAGGCGAGGGGACCAGGGGUAGAUGAUGCCAAAAAACGAAAGAAAUCAAACGGCACAGAAAACGAGGCCACAGAUAUUAUUUCCAGGGAAUUUAGUGUUCCAGUCCCGUUCAGCAAAAAGUCUAUUGGGAUCUUCUCCAGAUGCUCGGAGAGGGAAUAUUCCUGGCUGAUGGAUCUGCUCAAUUCCCAGGAUUUCAGGGACCAAGUCCAGUCCGUCCGCCCCUAUUAUAUCUCCAACAGGUUCUCUGAGCUCUGUGAGAAUGUGAAGCAGUGCAGAUUCGGGAUCCUGUAUCACAGCAAGAAGAGAGGACGGAUCAAUGUGACUAAUGUGACCGACUCCCUGUAUGAUGAGGAGCUGGAGCAUCUCUCCUGUAGACUGGGACAGAAGAAUGUGGUUGUGGUGAUUGAUGAUCUGGAUGAUGUCAGUGAUACAAUGAAGAAACGAAUCCUCAGCGCCCAAUAUAGCAUAAGCGAACACGCUGAAGAGCUGAUCCUUAUAAAGUGCGCAUCACCGGAGGAGAAGAGGACGGCGGCAAAAGACGCCCUGAAAAAUAUCUUACAACCCAAAAAAAUGGAAAUAUUUAAAAAGUCCUAAUACAUCUUCUGGGUCCUCUGGGUCACACCUCUGGACCAUGAGAUCUUCAAUGUCACGUUUCCUUUUCUCCUAAUUUAUUCCUAGUCCUGAAUUGGCUUCAGUAACAUUCAGGUUUCCGCGCACCGUACUGCACCUACCUGAACCCGGAAAGGCCACUGCUCUUGAUUGACAGAUCAUGUGUGUCAACCAGUGCCGAGCACAAGAGGCAGUCAUACUAACAGGGACUGACAUAAAACACUAGAGGGCGCUAUAACAACAAAAUAAUGGUACAGCUAUGCACAGCAACAUUUUAGAUUUAGGGAGUAAACUGAUAAAAAUGUUAUGCCAACAUGCUCUUGUGGUGUCCCAGAGCAAGACGCUAUUACUACCUGGCUCUGUCGGGUGAUUAUUAUCCCCAAGGUGACUGCCGCUGACCCUAGUCUUCUCUUAAAGGGGUACCAGAAAUCAACUGGUGCCAGAAAAUUAAACAUAUUUAUAAAUUACUUUUACUAUUAAAAAAUCACAAUCCUUCCAGUAUUUAUCAGCUGCUGUAUGCUCCAAAGGAAGUUUUUUUCCGUUUUGAUUCUCCUUUCUG